AUGGUUGAUUAUCUAUCAAAGGAAGUCGAAAAUAAAGGUCGGUUGCGCACGAGCCCGAUGAGCGCGUGCGCGGCGGCCGCCAUGCGCGAAAAGCACGCGGCGCCGCGACGCCUCGCCUCCCCACCGGUGUCGCCACACGAGCUCCACCCUAGCCCGCUCAGCUCACCCCGUGCCGACGAGCCCCUUGAUCUACGAGUUACUCAUAAACGCCCGCACCGACUAGAAGACGAAAACUGCAACUUGAUUGUGCCGUCACCGCCACCGCAUCCUGCGCAUCCUGCCCACCCUGCUCAUCCAGCAUUACUACAGUUCUGUCGACGAUUACCACUUGCACUACCAGCAUCAUUUGGUCGAUACCCUUUUUUACCUGCAGCAGCAGCAGCCACCCUACUUAGCCCUGGUGCACCGCGUGCUCCCCCUGUGCCCCCGAAUCCUGGAGCACCAAGAGCACGAGAUCGAUACACAUGUUCUUACUGUGGCAAGGCAUUUCCCCGCAGUGCCAAUCUAACACGGCACUUAAGAACGCAUACAGGGGAACAACCUUAUCGUUGUAAAUAUUGUGAACGUUCUUUUUCCAUAUCGUCGAAUUUGCAACGGCAUGUGAGGAACAUUCAUAACAAAGAAAGACCAUUUCGAUGUCGUCAUUGUGACCGCUGCUUUGGUCAGCAGACAAACCUUGAUAGGCACCUCAAAAAACAUGAGGCAGAGAAUGGCGAUGACAGCCGUCGAAGGUCUCCAGAUGAGACAUAUUUCGAAGAAAUAAGGUCUUUUAUGGGUCGCGUAGCGCCUGGACGACGCGCUGCGGCUGCCACAGCAAGUGGCGCAGACCACACCUGA